UCUCCCAUCUAUAAAUAUAUAUAUAUCUCUACAACACAUGAAAAAAAUCAUACACAUUUCUUCUAUUGCAUCAUCAUUCAUAAACAUGGCAGAUUUGGAGCAGAUAAGCGUCCAAGAACUCAUGAAAACCAAAAUUCAUGAAAUCCCGCAAAAAUACGUAAUCGAUCAAGAACCGGCGAUGGCGUCGGAAUCCUCCGUUCCGAUCGUGGACAUGAAGAGCUUCUUCUCGAGCGCCGAAGCCAAGGCUUGGGAGCUCGAGAAGUUCCACUCCGCAUGCAAAGAAUGGGGCAUCUUCCAGCUGGUGAAUCACGGGUUGGAAGCUUCGUUGCUGGAGCGGCUGAGGCGCGAGAUUCAGGAAUUCUACGCACUGCCAUUGGAGGAGAGGCUCAAGUAUAGAAUUAGGGCAGGAGAAUUCGAGGGUUAUGGCCAGCAUCUGCUACAGAAUUCCGGCGAUCAGAAGGUGGAUUGGGCUGAUCGCUUUUACAUGAUCACCAACCCCAUCCGCCGGAGGAAGCCUCAUCUCUUCCCCGAGCUACCCGACUCUCUCAGGGAGAGCUUAGAGGGCUUCAUAUCGGAACUGCAAAAACUGGCGAAGGCCCUUCUGGGAUUGGUCGCGGAAGCUCUGAAGAUUGAUAUAAAAGACAUUGAAGAAAUGUUCGAGGACGGAAUGCAAUCGGUGAGGAUGAACUACUACCCGCCGUGCCCGGAGCCCGAUAAGGUGAUCGGGCUGACGCCGCACUCCGACGGCAGCGGCCUCACCAUCCUCCUCCAAGUCAACGGCGUCGAAGGUCUCCAAAUCAAGAAAGACGGCGUUUGGAUGCCUGUCAAGUUCUUGCCGGAAGCCUUGGCUGUCAAUUUGGGAGACAUUGUUGAGGUGUUGAGCAAUGGAUUGUAUAAGAGCAUUGAGCACAGGGCAACCGUGAAUUCAGAGAAAGAGAGAAUUUCAAUAGCAAUGUUUUGCAACCCUAAUUUUCAAGCAAAUGUGGGCCCAUCUCCAGCUCUCCUGACUCACCAGACGCCAAUAUUUAAGACUAUGUCAAUGGAGGAGUAUGUCAAUGGCUUCUUCUCUAGGCGGCUCAAGGGCAAAUUUCUAGACACCAUGAGAAUAUAACAUCAUUAAUUAAUUACUUACAAUUAAAUAAAUAUAGUUAGUUUCAUUAUAUUAUAUAUGUGUAUUUAAUAAUUGUGUGAUUUGCAUUUAUUUAUAUGCAAAUUUCAUAAUAAAUAUUAGGGCUAUGUAAUUUAUACUAAAUGAAUUUUAAAUGAAUACUUUACACAUUCUUCA